AUGGCGUCCUGGUUAGGGGGUCUAGGCUCAGGCCUCGGUCAGUCUCUCGGGCAGGUGGGAGGAAGUUUAUCGUCUUUCACCGGACAAAUCUCCAAUUUCACUAAAGACAUUCUUCUGGAAGGAGCAGAAGAAGUGGGAGAUGCUGCCACCGAGCUGCACGUGUCUAACUCCAAGCUGCUGGAGCUGGAGGCCGCGCUCUCUGCACAGAGGUCGGAGUACGAACGCAUGAGGAGAGUAAACGCUGAGCUGGAGGAGAAGUUGGAGGCGGCGGAGAUUCAGGUCAAACAGCAGUCGGUGGAGUACAGGACCGUACUGCAGCAGAAAGAGGUGGACAUCAGCCACCUAAAAGCCAGACAAAACAGUUUACAGGAUGAAGUCCAGAAGCUCCGCCUCUCCGCCCGGGACGCGUCGUCUUCAGUUUCCGAUCCUGCCAUGCUUCCCGUUACGGCCGCCACCACCACCACCGGCGGCUCCUCCUCCUUCUUGUCCCGCCCCUCGCCUGGCCAUCACGGUUUCCACGGCGACGAGGUGGACCUGAGUGACGUCCUGUGGUCGCAGCAGGAAAUCAACCGGCUGUCCCACGAGGUCCAGCGUCUGGAGGCAGACGUCACUCAUUGGAGGAGAGUGGCUCAGGCUUCGAACGUGACAGGAGCAGAGAAGGGAGACCACGGGGAAAUCCUGAAGCUGCAGAAAUCCAUCAAGGAGCUGCGAGAGGAAAUGGGCCGUGAGGUGGACGAGCACCAGCACGAGCUGACCGCGCUGCAGGACGCUCAUCGGCAGAAAAUGGCGGACAUGGCGAAGCGGCACAGGGACGAGCUGGCGGAGUACGAAGAGAGGAUCGAGGAGCUGGAGGAGCAGAUUCAGAGCGGAGCUGCUGUCACAAUCUCCGCAUCGCCGUCGCCGGAUUCCUCCAAACUGGAAGAGCUGCAGGCUACGAUUCGCUCCCUGCGCGAGGAGGCGGAGCUUCAGAACGCAAAGUGCAGCGAUCUAACAGCAAGUCUCGAGCAGGCUCGGCGCCAGGGGGCGGAGCUUCAGCGGGAGAAGGAGGAGACCAUGGCGGAAAACUCUGAACUUCUGCAGAACUACACUCGACUCCAGAGUUCUGUUAGUGAACUUCAGACUCGGGUUCAGGAGCAGGAGAGCAAGGCGAUGGUCAAAGCGCAGCAUGACGGCGAGAUGCUGGCGCUGAGGAAAGCACUCGCCGACGCUGAUAAAGAGGUGUCCAGGUUAAAAUCUCUCACUCACGUAAGUCCUUCUUUUAUUUCCUUUCUCAUCAGCAUCAGGUCUCAAUUUUUAUCUCAUUUCACUUUUUACUUCCUGAUAAAUCAGAGUGCUGAGGUCGAACACGCAGACAUUCUGGAGCUCAACACCGUCAUCGACGCACUCAGGAUGGAGAGAGAAGAAGUAGAGAAGGAGAAGUCGGUGUUAGUGGAGAGACUCGCGGUAGCCGAGAACCGGAGAACGUCUCGUGAAGCCGAAAGCUCUGAGGAGCAGCAGCAAGAAGUCACAGACCUGAUGAAGCAGCUGGAGCAGAGAGAGGAAGCGUUAAAGCAAGCACACAUCAGCAUGGACACCCUCACAGCAGAGCUGGAAGAACUGGACCGGCAGAACCAGGAGGCCACACAGCAUCUCAUCACCAUGAAAGAUCUCCUGGCUACACAGAAGUCUCAAGCCGAAGCUGAAGUCAGCCGUCUGAAGUCAGCGCUUACAGAGGCACUUGGUCAAAAAGAGGAGCUUCAGCAGGACCUGGAGGUUCAGAAGGAGAAGCUCAGUCAAAGUGCCUUUACUCUCAACGACCUGCACAUGGGCAAACAGCAGCUGGAGGCCACGGUCAGAGAGCUGAGGGACAAAUUAAAAAAGUCUCAGGAGCUUGGCAAAGAGACGCGUAUGGAGGCCUCCGAGCUGAAGAAGCUGCUGCAGGAAAGAGAGUCUCAGCUGGAUGCUCUUCACGAGGAGCUGAGUCGAGCAGGAGAGCGCAGGGACGAUGGCAAGGAUCAAAUGAAGCUUCUGGUGGACAAGGAGAAAGAAAUUGAGGAUGUGAGAAGAGAGCUGGCAGAAUUGAAUGUUCUGUAUGAGAGAGUGUCUUCUGAGGACUUUGAGAUGAAGAUAGAGAACAGAAAGUUGAAAGAAGACAGACUUCAGGCUCUCGAGACUGUGCAGAGUCUGGAGCGAGAGCUACAGGACGGCCAGGCCUCUCUCGGCAAAGUAGUGCUAGAGAAAGACACUCGCAUCGAAGCCUUGAAACUAGAGAAGAAUCAGCUGGAGGUCGAGUUGAAUCGAGCGGAGAACCGGCUUUUGGAUCAGGCCAAGCAGUACCAGCAGACCAUCGAGGAGCUGACUCGAGCACGAUCCUUAGAUGCCUCCGCAUUGCAGAUGGAACACGAACGUGCUGUGAAGCUAAACCAGGAAAAGGACCUGACCAUCGCAGAACUGAAGCGUGAGAAGGAGCAGAUUGUGGCAGACCACAAAGACACCAGCGAGAUGUUGGACAUUACUGUGGCUGGACAAAGGCAGCUCACCGAGCUCCUGCAGGAGAAAGACAUGUUUGCAGCCUCGUUAAAAGCUCAAGCUGAUGAAACGCAGAAGGAUCUGGAGGCCAGAACCUUGCAGGCAAGCCAAGAAUGUGAAGCACUAAGGAAAGUGGUGGAAGAGAAGGACAAGCAGCUAGGGGCCAUGAAGGAGAAGAAUAGCCACCUGAAGGAGGAAAUCGACCGUCUGAGGGAUCAGCAGAGCCGGCCGCAGAUGAUGUCCGAACCAAGGACCUUGGAUAUAAUCACAGAGCUGGAGACCGAAGUUGCACAGCUCAAAGCCGCUAGAGACCGACUCGAGGAAGAAGCAAAAACUUUGAGAGCAACUUCAGAGCAACAAUCACAGCAUGUGCUCCAGGUGCACCAGAGCGAACUGGAUCAGGCUCGGGCGAGACACGAGCAAAGCACCCUCAACUACGAAAAACUGAUCGGUGCCAAGGAUGAAGAAAUCACUCGGCUGCAGGGGGAGGUGCAGAGACUCAGUGUCCACAGUCAGCCCCACACUGUGGACAUCCUUCAGGAGGACAAGACUCGUUCUUUGGGUAGCGAGAAUGGCAACGAGAAGCAUGACUUGUCCAAGGUGGAGAUCGAAAAACUUGUAAAGGGCAUCAAGGAGAAAGAGACCGAGAUUAUCCAGCUAAACGAGAAGAACCUCUCUCUGACCAAACAGCUUGAUCAGCUCGUGGUCUCUCACGAUGAAGUCGGCAAACUUUCUCAAAUAGUGCUUCAAAAAGAUCUAGAAAUCCAAGCUCUUCACGCUCGUGUUUCAGGCGGAUUUAACCAGGAUGUUCUCUUGCUUCAGCAGCAGAUGCAGGCUUACGCAGUCGAACGAGAACAAGUUCUCGCAGUGCUGAAUGAAAAAACGCGUGAGAACAGCCACCUGCGUUCAGAAUACCAUCGCAUCAUGGAAAUCGUUGCAGCCAAAGAGUCUGCGUUACUUAAGCUUCAGCAAGAAAACCAGCGCCUGUCCACCAUGAGCGACCCUUCAGGAAGUCAGGAGAUGUUCAGAGAGACCAUUCAGAACUUGUCCCGAAUCAUCCGUGAGAAGGACAUCGAAAUCGAUGCUCUUACGCAGAAAUGCCAGACGUUGGUCACCGUCCUCCAGGCGUCCGGUGGAGACUCCGGAAGCGGAGGUUCGGGUGGUGUGAGCAGCAAUCAGUUCGAAGAGCUUUUGCAUGAAAGGGACAACCUCAAGCAGCAGGUCAAGAAGAUGGACGAGUGGAAGCAACAAGUGAUCACAACUGUGAAGAACAUGCAGCACGAAUCUGCCCAGCUUCAGGACGAGCUUCUUAAACUCCAAGGUCAAGUGUCCGCUGACAGUGACUGCAGCUCCAAACUUUCGGUCGACUACACCAAACUCAUCCAAAGCUACGAGCAGAAGGAGAAAAGGCUCGGCAGUUUGAGUCAGGAACUCGCCCAGGUACAGCAGACCAUCAGCCAGCUUAGCACCACUAAAGACGUCCUGCUUGGGAAGCUAGACAGUGUUAGUCAGGUCCCAGAACUUUCCGCACAAUCUGUCCAAUCUGUAGGACAUCAGGUUUCCCAGGACGCACCCUCAAAUCUACCAGUUGUUCAAGAUAAAAAUUUAAGACAAGAACUGGAAUCGUUACACAGGAUGUUAGCAGAGAAGGAGAGUCUGUUGAGAACUCUUCAGGAGAACAACCAUCGCUUGUCAAACUCCGCGUCUUUGUCGGAAAGCGAGCAAAGAAGCCACGCUGAGGAGCUCAGGCAAGCACAGGAGAGGAUCGAGACCCUGCAGCGGUCCCUCAGAGAAAAAGACCUGCUGAUCAAGACCAAAGGAGACCAACUGAAUCAAGUGAGUGAAUCGUUGCGAAACCGUGAAAACGAUAACGAGGUCCUGAAGCAGGCCGUUACAAACCUGAAGGAGCGUGCGCUGAUCCUCGAGAUGGACGUGAAGAAGCUGAAGGAGGAGAACGACGCCGUGACGGCGAAGACGCGAGAGAAAGAGACGGAGUUUCGAGCGCUGCAGGAGACCAACAUGCAGGUGUCGCUGAUGCUGCGGGAGCGAGAGUUCGAGUGUAGCACCAUCAGCGAGAAGGCUGCGGCCAUAGAGAAGCUGCUGAAAGACAGCGAGCAGGGUAAGAGCGGGGAGCUGAACCAGCUGCUGAAUGAGGUGAAGUCCAUGCAGGAGAGAGCGCUGGCAUUCCAGCAGGAGCGAGACCAAGUGAUGCUGGCUCUUAAACAGAAGCAGAUGGAGACCUCUGCGCUCCAGAGUGAGCUGCAGCACACUCGUGAUAAAGAGCAGAGGCAGAAGCAGGAGUUGGAGCGUCUCCGCAAUCACCUGCUGGAGAUCGAGGACUCGUACACGCGCGAGGCGCUCGCGGCCGAGGACCGGGAGACUGAACUCAGGCGCAGAGUGAUGAUGCUCGAUGAGAAGCUGGCGUCGUCCUCCAGUGCUGUGGAGAGCGCCAGUCAGCAGGCCAGUCUACAAGUGGAGUCUCUUCAGGAGCAGCUGAAUGUUCUGGCCAGACAGAGAGACGAGGCUGUGCUUCAGUGCCACGCUGCUCAGGAGCAAGUGAACCAAUACGCAGUGUCUCUGUCUAACCUGCAGAUGGUGCUAGAGCAGUUCCAGCAAGAGGAGAAAGCCAUGUACUCAGCAGAACUGGAGAAACACAAGAAAGAGAAGGAGGAGUGGAGGAGGAAAGCAGAAAUGCUGGCGGAUAAAAGCGCCGCCCUGCAGCUGAACCUGGACGAAGCGAACGCCGCGUUAGAGUCGGCGUCUCGCCUCACUGACCAGCUGGACCUGAAGGAGGAGCAGAUGGAGGAGCUGAAGAAGCAGGUGGACAUGAGACAGGAGAUGCUGGAAGAAGCCCAACACAAACUGACUGAUCUGCUGAACAGCACUGAGGGGAAAGUGGACAAAGUGCUCAUGAAGAAUCUGUUCCUUGGAUAUUUCCACACGCCGAGGAACAAACGUGCUGAAGUGCUGAGACUUAUGGGUAAUGUGGUUGGACUGGAGCGGGACGAUGUGGACAAGAUGCUCGAGGAGCAGGAGGGGGGGAGGGGAGUCACGGGCUGGGUGUCAGGGUGGUUAGGAGGCAGCAGAGCGGUGCAAAGUGUCCCCACCACACCACAAAGACCCACCCAAACCCGGAGCCUCAACGGGUCUUUCUCUGAGAUGUUUGUGAAGUUCCUGGAAGUGGAGUCCUCUCCAGCUGCUCCCACACCCAGGCUGCCCAUUUAUGACAUCAAGCCUUUGAGUGCGCCCCCUGCUGGCCGGACCUCUGCCGGUGCGCCUACCGCAGGCUCGUCGGGCGGCGGGAAGCACGGCAUGGACGCAAACCCUUUCCUGGCCCCUCGCUCUGCAGCCGUUCCGUUGUUAACGGCGGGCGGCAGUGGGGCAGCGAGCGGCCACUUGCUCAUGAAGCCCAUCGCAGACGCCCUCCCUACGUUCACGCCCGUGCCGGUGGCGGCCGACGCCAGUGCAGGGGCGGUCCUCAAAGACCUCCUCAAACAGUGAUUUGCCCGGCGGCGCUGUCAAUCAAAGCACUUUAGGAGACGUCUGUAGACGAGCUGUUUCUCCUCUCUGCUUUAAUAACGAUGACGGACUGGUAGAUAACUCGGUCAGGGUCGGUCUGCAGUGCUGAAACCGUUCUACAAGGUGUUUCCUGAGCCGUCAAUCUGUCUGCGCUCUAUAAUCAGAAGUGUCCUUUGGGGAUUUGUAGUGAACAGCAGCUUUUCUGCGUUUGCUCUUUAAUAUGGAGAAGAUCGACGGCCAGUUGGCUCGCAGAUGCCUGUGGGAUUUAAGACCUCCCCCCGUCUGUGAAAUCCAUACCGAUAGCUUUUUUUUCUUGUUUUUUUUUUGUUUUAAAUUAAACGCUCUGCAGUUUUUCCCGUCUGUCUUUUCCUCCGUCUCGGUUACAAUAAUGACCCCAAAGCCCGAUCGUGGUUGGACAACGAAGACUCUGAUGAUGUAACACUUCUGCUGCGUAGCUACAGCUUUAUAAAUAUGUACUUUUAAAAACGUGUAAAUCUGAAGCAGUACUGGAAAAGUUCCCAAACUCAAGAGGCAGAAAGUUUGUACAUUACUAUUUCUUAUAUAAAAAAAACCUUGUGUAUAUUUAGCUGAUAUCUGAUCAGUGGCUUCCGGUGAAAACACUUCAGAAAGGUGUGUAUUUAAAUUUUCCAGCACAAACACAAAGUAAGGACUGUCCCUUGUGUUGACCCUGUAAAAUACUCCCGGGUUUAUGAGUGCAUUGGGAUUAAUCUGGGAAAGUGGGAUUAUUAAUGUAAGGUUUCAGCAUGUUUUUGUUCUGGGGUAAAGUUUGGGGUUUAACUCACACUUCCAGUUGUAAUUGAAUGCAGAAAUAAAGAUGUCUGCGUAUGCAAA